CUGCCGUCGCUUGGUUGCGGCGCCGCUUCCGUCGGUGGGGACCGACCGAAAUGGCGGCGGCCGCCACAGCCUUGUCCGUCUCCUCCGCCUCCUCUGCCGCGCUGCUGCGCCCGGGCUGGGCGCCCCUGAGGCGGUGGCGAACCCUCGCUCGCAGCGCCAGCAGCUUCCCCCGCAGCGCCGCCAGUGAUGAAGCAGCUGUUAUCUCAGGGACGAGGCUUGCACACCAGGUUUUGAAAGAAGUUCGAAGGGAUGUGGAAUCGUGGAUAUCUGCUGGCAACCAGAGGCCUCACCUCACUGUCAUAUUGGUAGGAGACAAUCCAGCCAGUCACAUCUAUGUCAGGAACAAGAUAAAGGCAGCUGCAGCUGUGGGCAUUUCUAGUGAGAUCAUACUGAGGCCUGAAGACAUUUCACAGGAAGAGCUUUUGGAUAUGACAGCAAAACUCAACAAGGAUUCCAGAGUUAGUGGCUUAUUAGUUCAGCUGCCUCUCCCAGGUCACAUAGAUGAGCGGACAGUGUGCAAUGCCAUCGCCCCUGAGAAGGAUGUGGAUGGGUUCCACAUCAUGAACAUUGGGCGGCUGUGUCUGGAUCAGCCUUCCAUAAUCCCUGCCACCGCUGCUGCUGUCUGGGAGAUCAUCAAACGGACAGGAAUACAAACAUUUGGAAAAAAUGUUCUUGUAGCCGGAAGAUCCAAAAAUGUUGGAAUGCCUAUUUCAAUGCUUUUACAUACUGAUGGAGAGCAUGAAAGGCCUGGAGGUGAUGCUACAGUGACCAUUACUCACAGAUACACCCCAAAAGAGCAGCUCAAGAUCCAUGCACAGCUUGCUGACAUAGUAAUAGUUGCUGCAGGUAUCCCGAAGUUGAUUACAGCUGAUAUGGUCAAAGAAGGUGCAACUGUGAUUGAUGUAGGCAUCAACCAUAUCCAUGAUCCUCUUACAGGAAAAACCAAAUUAGUUGGUGAUGUGGACUUUGAAGCAAUGGGGGCACUGAGUGAAGAGUCCGCUAUUACCGCUUCAUCCCUCAGCACGGACUUACGGAUUAAUUGGACAAAAAACAAUGCUGAAGUAGAUUAUUCAGAGCAGCCAAAGCUCUUGAAGCUGAUGCAGACCUGCCUUGAGGAGCACCACAGCUAUUGUAUCAAUGGGCUGUGCGCCUUCCACAGUGAGCUGAGGAAGCCCAUAUGCAAGUGCCUUGCAGGUUAUAAUGGAGAGAGGUGUGAACAUUUAACACUAAAUUCAUAUGCACAUAAUUCUUAUGAGCGCUACAUUGCUGUGGGGAUUGGGAUUGGAAUACUGACCAGUGGAAUACUCGCCAUCAUCUACUGCUAUGUAAGAAAGAGAUGCAGGAAACUGCAAUCCCCCUACAAGGUGUGUGUGGGUGAGACGGCACUGUGAAGCCCUGUGCUGGAACUCUCACCGGUUUGCCUGCUGAGGAGGAAGGCCCCCGCGCCAUGGGACAGGUGCCCCGGCCCUGCCGAGGAGAUGAGCCCGAGGGAACGGCGAAGGAGCGUGCCAAGGGAACUCCUGCAGCACUGACAGGCUCUGGGUGUGGUUGAAGAAAGACUUCCUCUCUUGGGUGAGGGUGGAUGGUCCCCAGGCCCAAGCAGCUGAGGACACUGCAGGCAUCUCAGCACUGUCCUGUGCCUAGUGUUUGCUCUGGGGGAAGGACUGGUUGGUUUUAGCUGUUUUCAGUCAUUUCAAGCACUCAUACAGUGUUCUGCUUUGGUCUUGUGUGUUCUGUUUGGUUUUUUCUUUUUUUUAUCUCCUCUGGAGGAUAAGCACCACCUCCCUCAUAGUGGAGCUGUAUUCUGGACAUCAUGUGCUGACCACUAACCAUUUGGGUUCUGAUUUUGUUGUCUGCUGGCUGUGUGUGGAUAAACAGUCCUCUCCCAACCCAAUGGUUACCCUUGGUGGGCUGGGCCAUGUAUGGGCUUCUGGUGCCAUAAAGGACAACAAAUGUUUUGGACUGAGCAAAGUGUCUGGUUCUCAAAACCAUCCUUAAAUUAAAAUAUAGAGACUAGGCAAUUCUCCUGGAAAAUCAGACCAUGACACCUCUGGGCAUGGCAUGUUCUUAUUGUUUUCAUAAGCAAAGCAACAGGACACCUUUCUCAAAAUGGAUUGUGGAGUGUGAUUGUGACAAAGAACUGUCUGCUUCCCAAACAUCCUACAGCAGGUCCUCAGUUCUGUGGAAUUUCAGGCAGAACAUUGCCUUGCUGCACCCUGAUUCCUGCACAAGACUUGAAUUGCUAGAGAAGCUGGAAUUUUGAUAUGAAACUUCACUACAGUUUUUCCCAGGAAACAGACUUUCUCUAUUCCAUUUGCACAUUAUGGGGACAAUGUAACCACUCAAAUAAGAAAUUAUUUUAGGGAUUCAGUUCCACCCUGGACUAACAGAUUGCAUAUCGGAUGCUUGGUUCCAUUCAUCUUAUCUACAAAGAGUUGGUAAGGUACAAAGAUUUGGUUCAAGGAAAAGGGAAGAAAAUUGGUUCUGAAGAUGAUGGCACUAACUGGGACGUCUCACAGACAGCUGGAGUGUUUGCCAUGCUGAUGUGACUAGAGAUGGCUUUCAGACAUUUUCAUUUCAGCUGUUGCACAUUGUAGACUCAUCUGCUGUGCUCAGCCAUCUACCAGCGAAAGGCAAUUGGUACUUUGAAGUCUUGUGGAGUCAUAUUGGCUCCAAAAUUCAGGUGCCCUGCUGAAAGUUCAGUUUUUUGGUUAUGUGAGUUAAUUUUGACAAGAGGGAUGCAUGUUUUUGGUUGAAAAAACCUGUGUAUUUGUGAGACUACAGUGACAAUGCUGAAAUGUGUAUGAAAGGUGGGGUUUGAAAGGGUAAAGGUGCAUGUGGCAUGUCAACGGUCUGAAGUUCAGGGGCUUCUUAUGUGGGCAUCCUUAUCAGUAGCUGAGCCAUCUUGGCUCUGUGAUACCAGUAAAUAAAACAGCACAUCACACACUGCUUGGAAUCCCGUGUAACAGAGGGAGCAAGCAGCAUAUGCACACACAAAAAGGAUUGCUGGUGAGAAGUGGAUGGACACCACUCCUCUGCACAUUGACACCAUUGUAUUCAUCCCUCAGCCUUUUUGUCUUCUUCAUCUCCAGUCAAAUCUUCAAAUCUUUGCACUGCUUGCUUUUUUCCAUUCUUCUGACCUUUUCUUAAGUUCCACUGCUGGGUAACUUGUGCUUGUGACUAUCUUCAAGUCAGCUUUUGGUAGUGGCCCUAUCAUUUUGUGUCACACAUAUGUGGUGAGAGGACAAUUAGGUAUAAAUUACAGUCUGCACAUCCUCACAAAUGCAAAACACCCUUCACCCAUCUCACAUGGAAAUGGAAGAUGUGCAUGUCAUUAGGAAAACACAGGUGAGAGAUCCUGCUUGUUGGUCUCAGGAGAAAAUGGUGGAGCUGAACAUUUAAAGGACAAAAAGCCUCAGGGUUUUUGUCACAUGAGUGAAUCUGCCUCUCCCCAGUGAGUUGUCUCUUGUGCUCACACUGCUGGUGUUGGAUUCACUUCCCAAGGACCAACCCCUCUCCUUUGCAGAGGCUGUCUUGGAGCAGACACGCACCCUACACAACUGCCUCAGGGGGUCUGUGCACUUGGCACACAAGUUCUUAAGGGCAUGAGUUGGAACAUCUGGACUUCACCUUGCCCAAAGAGUACUGUUGGAGAGAUGCAUUUUGAUUGCACGUUCUCUUACUGAUGUUUGUUACACCCCUUGUGUACCAGAGGCCAUGCAGGUGCCCUGCAGGAUGUGCAAGUGCCUUUUCACUGGUUUUACUCAUUGCAGUGAGCCAUUUUGUACCUACAGCAACAUACUCUGAUUUUUUUCAAGUUUGGUUACUCGUAAGUGAAAAGGAAGGUCUACUUAAGGGCCACAAUUCAGCAGGAGACUACAUAGUGAAAUGUUUUUCUAGUUGUCUUUCAGGCCCAAGGAGGCUUUGGAAGUGAGAGUUUGCUGGUAUUUUUUUGCCAGUGGAAGUGGAAGGUGAAGCACCAGGUAAGCCUGUGCUAUGCAAAAUGAGACUUGGUGUCAGGACAGCAUGAGAAUAAAAUAGAAAGAUGACGAUGGGAAGAAGGCAAGGCAGGAAGGAAAAGAAGGUGCUUGCUUUAUUUUAAUUCUCUUUUUUCCGAGUGGAGUCAUGGCUUCCAGCACAGUGUUUCUCAUCCCCUGGGUGCUGUGUGCCCACCCUGCAGAAGCACAGCCUCAGAGCAGGCCCCAGCUGUGUGUGAGGCAUGGCUGCCUGACUGACUCACGGUGCACUUGGGCUGAGGGAAUCUGCAUGGCCUCACAUUGCUGCAGGGAGUCAGGCCUGCUGAGCCCUUCCUUGAUAAGUGACAGAUGCUGCCAGCCUGGAAUGGUGUGCUGCUGCUUACGAUGCUGAAUUUCCUGCAGAACUGGCCUGUCAGAGGAUCAGGAUCAUCUUUCCUAGCUCAUUUAUCAGGCUCACUACUCUUUGUGUAGUGGCAUAAUUAAGAGAGUCAUAAGCUUCUUCUUCCCUUUCCAGCUGCACGUGCCAAAAACUAUCAUUUCAAGAGGAGCCUCUGCUUUAUGUGACUUUUAGGUAGGGCUGCUUCAGCUGUGGGAGGCAGCAGCUUGGCAGGGGCGGCAAACCAGAGACAUCAAAGACCAGGAUAUUCCUUUCUCAAGGACAGAGCACUUCCCCUGUGAAUGAUCCAGGCUGGUGGAACCACACUGGCUUUUGCUGCAGCACAUCUCUCAUGCUGGGUUGCCCUUAAGCUACCCAGUCCUGAACCUGCUCCACUGGCAUCUGCAGCCAUUGUGCGGGUGUGCUGGGCUGCCACUGGAACAUCUUCCCUGUAUUCAGCUCCCAUUUUCUGCUCAGCUGUGUGGGUGGCCUACAAGUUUCCCUGAUCCCAGCAAGGUCUGUUGCAAACACUGGGAUGUAAGCCUGGGGACAAGAUGGCUUUAAAGACAUUUGAUUUGGUUUUGGAGGGAAGUGUAAGGAGUUGAAUUGAUGCUCUGAGUGCACAGUGUCCCUGUCCCUCCUGCUGGCUGGGGCACUGGUGGCUGGCACACAGGUAAGAGACAGUUUUUCCUUGGAGGUUUUCUGUUAUUCUUAGUAGCCCACAGUAUAUUUGGAAAAUGACACACCAGGGUUUGUUCUCCAUCCCACUUACAGUAAAA